AUGGCCUCCACGCCGUCUUCUCCGAAAGAGCACCACUUCGUGGACAUCCAUCCCGUGCUGAGUGACGACAACGAUAACCUUAACAGGCUCAGAGAUCGCCAAUCUUCCGAUGCGACCGUCAAUUUCCGAGCAGGCGGGGACGGUGAGGGAACGGAGAAGAGGCUACAGCGUAAUGUGUGGACGUUUAGCCGGCAGAUCCCCCUGGAGAGUGGCAUCGGUGUGUUCGACGUGGAGAAGAAGGGAUCAGUCGAGGGUGAAAGCAGCGGCAAUGCCAGAGGGAAGAGCCUGGGAGGCGUAGGCGCCACCGGCGGCGAUGCCGGCAACAGAAAGGGAUACUUCGACAUGUUCCGGACGAAGUCCGCGCUCGGCGCAAAGCAGAACUCCUCGAUACCAUCGUGGAAGGAGAAUGAGCCCGACCCGGACAACGCUGAAGGUGUCGCCGGAUCGGCCGGAGCCGACGGAGUCAACAAGAGCGUGCCCGCCGGAAGAUACUUCGCCGCACUUCGAGGGCCAGAGCUGGACCAAGUCAGGGAGUACGAGGACAUCCUCCUCCCGAAGGACGAGGUGUGGCCGUUCCUCCUCCGCUUUCCGGUCGGGUGCUUCGGUAUCUGCCUUGGCCUCGGGAGCCAGGCCAUCCUAUGGGGAGCCCUCUCGUCGAGCCCUGCCAUGGCCUUCCUCCGUGUCUCCCCCAUCAUCAAUCUCGCCCUGUGGCUCCUCGCGCUCGCCAUCCUCGUCUCCGUCUCCGUCGCCUACACCCUCAAGUGCGUCUUCUACUUCGAGGCCAUCCGCCGCGAGUACUUUCAUCCGGUCCGGGUGAACUUCUUCUUUGCGCCGUGGAUCGCCUGCAUGUUUCUGGCCAUCGGGGUCCCGCCGAGGUGGGCGCCAAGGCAUCUCCACCCGGCCAUCUGGUGCGCCUUCAUCGCGCCCCUGUUCGUCCUCGAGCUCAAGGUCUACGGGCAAUGGCUAUCCGGUGGGAAGCGCCGGCUGUGCAAGGUGGCCAACCCGUCGUCCCACCUCUCCGUGGUCGGCAACUUCGUCGGGGCCAUCCUGGCGGCCAAGGUGGGGUGGGGGGAGGCCGGCAAGUUCCUGUGGGCGAUCGGGCUGGCGCACUACCUCUGCUUGUUCGUGACACUGUACCAGAGGCUGACCACCAGCCAGGCCCUGCCCAAGGAGCUGCACCCCGUGUACUCCAUGUUCAUAGCGACGCCGUCGGCGGCGAGCAUCGGGUGGCACGCCAUCUACGGGGAGUUCGACGCCGUAUCGAGGACCUUCUACUUCAUCGCGCUCUUUCUCUACUGCUCGCUCGUUGUGCGCAUCAAUUUCUUUAGAGGAUUCAAGUUCUCGGUGGCAUGGUGGUCGUACACGUUUCCGAUGACGACGGCUUCGCUGGCCGCCAUCAGGUACGCGGAAGAGGUCACUUGCUUCUUCAGCAAAGGCCUGGCACUGAGCCUUUCGCUCAUGUCCACCGCCAUUGUGUCGCUGAUGCUGGUGUCGACACUCCUCCACGCAUUUGUCUGGCGCUCCCUAUUCCCCAACGACCUCGCCAUUGCCAUCACCAAGGAUAGGAGCGACGGAGCGAAGACGCAGGACAAGGAGAAGAAGGCUUCCAAGAAGAAUUACGACCUCAAACGCUGGGCGAAGCAGUCCUCCCUUUCGCUUGUUUCCUCCAUCAGGAGAGGCCACUCCGGAGACAAGGAUUUGAAAUAGCUGUUCAUUGCAUGCAUUUAGGGACAAAAAUUGAUUCGGUACUCAAAUUGGUUUUUUU